UCCUGGCGUUCGCUUGACAAGAUGGCGGCAGCCUGCGGGCCGUGAUGUCUCCCCUGGUUGCAGGGCCCGGUUUGAUUGGAUCGCAAGGCCCAGGUCAUGGGCUUGCCGCCCGCUCUCCUCCUGGGGCUCCUCGUUCUUCAGGGCGCACUGAGGCCGUUGCACGGGGACGUGGUUUUCAUCCCGUCUUUCAUCCGAAUGUCCAGCCUCGCGGUCAGCGCGUCCCUGGUCGGAGGCCCCGAGGAUGUGGCGGUGACCCUGGCUGUGUUGCAAGCCGACGCAGGAUGGCUGCCCCGUCCGGCCUGCGGAGUGCCGCUCAGCAAUGAGACGCAGGACUGGAGUCUGACGACCGUCCCGGGUGUGCACGCGGUAGAGGUGACGGUCCGCUGGAGGGCGGACUGGCCACCGUGUCCGCCCAAUGAGACUAUGCCCUUCUUGGCGUCCCCCUGCAUUGUCCAGACCCUCUUGGUCUCCGCAUCUCACAAUGUGUCCUGCCUGGCACACCUGCUCAUCCAAGUGGAGAUUUAUGCCAACUCUUCUGAGACCUGGAACGCCUCAGAGAACGUGACUGUCAUUCCCAACCAGGCGUACCAGCCCCUGGGUCCUUGUCCUUGUAACCUGAUGGCCGGGGCCUGUGAUGUCCGCUGCUGCUGUGACCCGGAAUGCUCCUCGGAGGUCAGGGAGCUGUUCGAGCGGUCCUGCUUUGGCGGCGUCUUUGGCGGCCAUGUCAGCCCUCCAUGGGAUCAGCUCUGCUCUGCCGGGCCGGAGCCGCAAGCCCCAGACUGGUUUCCCCUGCUGUGUGUGCAAUCAUCCCUGGCCAACUCGCCCUUCCUCGGCUACUUCUAUCACGGUUCCGUCUCGCCAGGCUCGUCCUCUGUCUUGGAGGCACAGGUGGACACAGAUCCGAAGGACUCUUCCCACUUCGGUUACAAGCAAGGCGAUCCCAUCAUGACCCUGGAGAAGGCCUACUUCACUGUGCCACAGGUGUCCCUGGCCGGGCAGUGCCUGCAGCAUGCCCCGGUGGCAUUCCUUCAGAACUUCGAUGCCCAGUGUGUCACUCCUCUGGAAGCAUAUCAGGAGCGAGAUGCUGUUAUCAGUGCGAAGAUCAGGAAUGGGACCCUUGGAGGCAUAGUCACACCGAAAGUGACCUACAGGGAGGCCACUGGCCGCAGCGGAUUCAUCGCCUCCGCAGAGACCCCUGUAAGGAACGGGUCAGCCCCCAGGAACGUGACCCUGGAGGAGCACUACCUCUUCAGGUGGGACAACAACACCAUCCGUGAGAUAACAGUCCAAGUUCUCAGGGCGGAAGUCGACGCCCGCUGGACAGGGAGCCUGACCCAGAGAUUCACCGUGCGGUUCUUAAGUGACAACAGCGGUGACGAGAAGGAAUCCUCGGGAAACCCAGGUUACCAACUUGGCAAGCCUGUCCGAGCUCUCAGCACCAACAGACCAAAUCAGGUGACAAGCUUAUACGUCUGGCAGGCAGCCGGCAGGGGGCUGUGCUCCUCAGCAGCUCGCAGGCCCGUUGUCUUUGGGGAAGACGUGUCCUCUGGGUGCCUGCUGGACGUCAGGAUUGAUGAGAACUGCACCAGACUGCGGGAGAAUGUUGCUGAAAGGCUCAGCUCACUAAUACAAGCAACUCAUGUGGCGAUGAGAGGCAACUCCGACUCCAGCGACCUUGGCGAUGGCUGGCUCGAGGUCAUACGUGUAGAUGCCCCCGACGCAGGUGCUGAUCCGCCUGCUGGCAGUGCCCACGGUCUGUGCCCGGAUGUUCCUGCCCAGCUAAGCAUCCGCAUCCUGGUCGCACAGGCAGGCGCCGUGGAGGGGCACCCCCAGUGGCAGAUCCUCGGUGUGGAGACGAGGUUCUCCACGGUGAGCUGGCAGUAUCCAUGCGGCCUCACCUGCGAAGACAAGGCCGCCCUCCUGCCCGUCACUGCCUCGGUCCGAUUCAUCACAGUCCCUGCACAGCUGCCCCGCCCGCUGACCAGAUUCCAGAUCAACUUUACCGAGUAUGACUGCAACAGAAAUGAGGUGUGCUGGCCGCAUCUUCUCUAUCCACUGACCCGGUAUUACCAAGGGGAGCCUUAUUCCCAGUGUGUCGCCAAGGGCUUGCUGCUGGCCUGGCUCCUGCUGCUGGCCGUGAUGCUGAGUAACCCCUGCUCCCGGAUCCGCCAAGGCUGACUUCCUAAGGGAUGUUCCCCACCCCCCCAUGUCUCUGCAAACUUUAAUAAACAAAACAUGGUAUUUUUGUAUAAA